CCUCUGAGGUCCGGGGGGAAGAUGCUGCUGCUCGGUGUGAUGCUGCUGCUGCUGACGGCCGCUGCUGCCGACUUGACCGGGACCGUGACCGGCUCUCCGCAGCUCCAGGGUCCGGGUCUAGGCUUCUCCUCGCCGGUCCCCGCCUCUCCCUCCGCCCCGCCGCUGCUCCUCCUCUUACCGGGACCACAGGCGGACUACGGGGCACCCGGUGCAGCCUUGGCCCGGUCCGCGGCGGAGGAGCCGGCCGGCCCCGGAGAGGAGGUAGAGGAGGGGGAUCAGCAUCAUCAUCAUCACGGCGGAGGGUACAAGAUCGUCCAGUGGGAGUGGAGCUACGUCCAGACCCCGUACAUCAUCGCCAUCUGGUUACUGCUGGCCAGUGUGGCCAAGAUCUUGUUCCACUUCUCUCAGCGGUUCACCACCGUGGUCCCAGAGAGCUGCAUGCUGAUCCUGCUGGGUCUUGCACUCGGCGGGGUCGUCCUCAUCGCAAACAAGAAGCAGCUCUACCAGCUAGAACCCGCCCUCUUCUUCCUCUUCCUGCUGCCAACCAUCGUAGGCGAUGCCGGGUACUUCAUGCCGGCACGUCUCUUCUUUGACAACCUGGGAGCGAUCCUGACGUACGCCGUGGUGGGAACGCUGUGGAACGCCUUCUGCACCGGUUUCUGCCUGUACGCCGCCAAACUGGUGGGGGUCAUAGACGAGCGUGUGCAGGCGGAUCUGAUGGACUUCCUGUUGUUUGGAGCGUUGAUCUCUGCUGUGGACCCCGUGGCGGUGCUGGCUGUGUUCGAGGAGGUCCACGUCAACGACACGCUCUUCAUCAUCGUGUUUGGAGAAUCUUUAGUGAAUGACGCCGUCACUGUGGUUCUUUACAAAGUCUACAUUUCCUUCGUGGAAGUUGGAGCAGAGAACGUUCAGACGGCGGAUUACUUCAAAGGAGUCGCCUCCUUCCUCAUCGUCAGCAUCGGGGGCACCAUGGUGGGUCUGGUUUUCGCCGUCAUCCUCGGCUUCAUCACCCGCUUCACCAAGAAGGUCCGGAUCAUCGAGCCGCUCUUCGUCUUCCUGCUGGUCUACCUGGCGUACCUGACCGCUGAGCUCUUCUCCUUGUCUGCCAUUCUGUCUAUGACUUUCUGCGGUAUCGGUGCCAAUAAAUACGUUGAAGCAAACAUCUCCCAGAAGUCUCGGACGACGGUGAAGUACACAAUGAAGACCCUCGCCAGCAUUGCUGAGACCAUCAUCUUCAUCUUCCUGGGGAUCUCUGCGGUGGACAAGUCCAAGUGGGCCUGGGACACCGGCCUGGUGUCCUGCACGCUCGUCUUCAUCUUCAUCUUCAGAGCUAUGGGUGUGAUAGGUCAGACCUGGGUCCUGAACCGCUUCCGCCUCGUCCCGCUGGAUAAGAUCGACCAGGUGGUGAUGUCGUACGGAGGCCUGCGAGGGGCCGUGGCUUUCGCUUUGGUGGUGCUGCUGGACGGCGAGCAAGUCAGAGCGAAGGAUUACUUUGUUGCAACGACGAUUGUGGUGGUCUUCUUCACGGUCAUGUUUCAGGGUCUGACCAUCAAACCGCUCGUCAACUGGCUCAAAGUCCCCCGAUCCACCAGCAGGAAGCCGACCAUCAACGAGGAGAUCCACGAGAGGGCGUUCGAUCACAUCCUGACAGCUGUGGAGGACAUCGCAGGCCUGCAGGGAUAUCACCACUGGAGAGACAAGUGGGAGCAGUUUGAUAAGAACUACCUGAGCAAGCUGCUGCUGAGGAAGUCUGUGUACAGGAAGAGCGAGCUGUGGGAGGCUUAUCAGAAGAUCAACAUCAGGGACGCAAUUAGUGUCAUCGAUCAGGGUGGAAAUGUCCUGACCUCAGCCAGACUGUCUCUGCCCUCAAUGGCGAGCAGAGCCUCGUUCCCUGAGGUCACCAACGUCACCAACUACCUGCGUGAGAAUGGCAGCGGUGUGUGUCUGGACCUUCAGGUGAUUGAUAACGUCCCUAGCGCAAAGGUGGAGGAAGACACAGAGACACACCAUGUCCUGGCAGAGAACCUGUACAAGCCCAGGAGACGGUAUCAGUCACACUACAGCCGUCACUUCAUGCCUCUGGGGGAGAAGGAGCGUCAGGACCGGGAGGUGUUUCAGAGGAACAUGAAGAGCCGCAUGGAGACGUUCAAAUCCAGCCGACACAAACGACACAAGAAGGAGAGAAGCCUGAAGAAGCGCCGAGGAUCAGACGUCAAGGAGGACGGCAGUGACAAACCGAGACGCAACGUCAGCUGGCACGACAAAAAUCCAGUGGUUGUUCCUGUGGAGUCUGAAGAGGAGAAAGGUGAUCAUUCAGACCCGGAGAAGGAGGACGAUGUUGGGAUCACCUUCGUCGCUCGCAAGCCAGAGACGUCAAAACAACGUCCCCAAUCUGUCCCUGCAGCUCUGGACAGCCCUCAGAGUCCAACAUCCACCCCCGCCUCACCCCCCACUGAAGACAGUCAUCUACCCUGGAAAGGCAGCGUGGGCUCUCCUCCCCCCUGUGUGUCCGUGGAGGCCACAAAGAUCAUCCCAGUGGACCUCCAGCAGGCCUGGAACCAGAGCAUCUCCUCCUUGGAGAGCAUCUCCUCCCCGCCCGCCCCCACUGAGCCCAUCCACCCUCGUGUCAGCGCCCUCGCAAGACUGGGAGGACCCCGCCCAGCCUCCUACACCCCGCCUGGCAGCACUUUGGGUAGCACUUCUUCUAUCACAGCUCAGAUGUCACAGGGCUCCUUCCGCUUCCCAGAGAAGAAGAAGAAGGAGGAAGAGGAGGAGGAGGAGGAGGAAGGAGCAGCGCCAGAGAUGCAGCCUCUCAUGUCCUCUCUGAGACCCCCAGGCUCCCUGCCACCACCUCCACCUCCUCCCGGUUCUGCCCCUGGUUCAGGGAGGAGGAGGAACCCCUGUGUCUACCUGAGGAGCCUGGUGACGUCGCCUCCUCCUGGCAGUGGAGAGCCGCACAGCCGAGGCCCCACCCAGCUGUAACAGCAGGUCCCAGAUCAGUGAGGAGCAGGAACUGUCCUCCACUAAUCAGCAUCUUUACCUUCAAUGCAACAAACACACACUUAUAUACACACAUGUGCACAAGUACGCACACCGUCCAGUAGGGUGCACCUCCUUUUGGUCUGCAGCCUCAUGUCACCUGAUGGAGCGUCCAUCCUGACCCUCCUACAGUCCACUGUGAGCAGAAUACAGGGGUCAAAGGUCACCUUAUAGUCCAGUUACCACUCUUAUCUGCACAUCACCAGCCCUCACAUAUCACCAGCUGAGAGUAGAGUAAGGUACAAACAGCUGAUAGGUCAGGUGAUACCUUUUUUAAAAGUUAUUUAAAACAUUUCAUGACUUUUUAUGUAACAAAGAUUCAAAGUGUUCUGUGUUUGUUUAUCAGUUUCCAGUGUUUUUAAACCUCGGCCUACAUUUACACAUUUUGGGGUCUAGAUAUCUUACUGAUGCAAGAUGUUUUGGAACAGCUUGUAGAUUGUUUCAGACGGCAGCAGAGAAACAAGCUCCAAAGUAAUCCUUGUGUCUGAUCAAAGCACCGAUUAAAGAGCUUAUUUUUGACUCUGGCAAAGUAACCGAGUGAAGCAGAGGCAGACCAGCAACUCCUGAGAACGAGCACAAUGAAAUCAACCUUUUCUUAAAUAGAGUCUGAUGAUCUGAAGAGAGAGUUUCUGAAGAGACACCUGUAUCUAGUUUAGAGCAUUUUACUGUCUUGCUUCUGUAAAGUUGACAGAUUUUAAAUACAGAUCUGAGCAGUCUGUCAGCAGCAAAAACAAGCACUUUACAGGAGCAUACUUUUCCAGGAACGACUACUUUGCAGCCUGAAGCAAUCUACUGGAGCGAUUGCAAAACUAUUAUCGCUAAAUGUUAUUUAGACCCCUAAGAAUGUAAAACUAGCAUCCAGAUUUUAAAACCCCACAAUCCCCCUUUAAACAUGAGAGCUGUAAGUUAUCAGUCACUUGACACAAAAAGAGAAAACAGCUAAAAGUGAAGUAUCAUCAAACUAAUGCUUUUAAAACUCUCUGAGAUUUUGGGAUUGUGCCUCACAGCUUUUAAUCACUAUCAAGUUAUUUUUAUAUCACAUGAUCCACAUCAGAAUAAUCCCUCCGGUCAUAAAAUAAACUUUGUGUAUUGUAAUCAAAAGAUGGUCAUCCUGCUUGUGGUGGAUACUGACUGCUGUUUUGUCUUCAAUGAUCAUGUUGGUGACAUCUUUUUGUACAUUUGGGACAUUGUGCUCACAUAGUGCAAUGUAAAUAAUAUCUGUAAGUGUAACAUCAUCACAGCUUAUAGAACAAAGUCUUAGUGAUUGUUGAAUAGAGGCACAGCUUCACCUGCUGCCCGACUCACAGCCGCCCUUUAACAUGAGCUGACAGAAGCUUCUUAAAGCCUUAUUUCUUCACACACAGGUGUCAACAUGCAUCAGUGUGUGUAUUUAUUCUGUUAAGCUGCUCAUAUCAAAUCUAAAAAUGUAUUUUAUAAAACUGCAAGUAUAUAGAAUCUACAGAGUAGUUUAUUUUGAAUGACCAAAGCGUGUAAAAAUGAAGUAUAAUGAACAUUUAUACGAUGUGUAUCUGUGUAUUACUGCCUCACUGUGCUGUGUCUGUGUAACUGUUUGUUAGUUCAGUGUGUGUGUGUGUGUGUGUUUGUGUGUGUGUGUGUGAAGGUGGAGCCGAAUCAUGAGACUGUCCACAGGUUUAUCAUUCUACCAGCAGGAAAGAUGUUUCCCUGAUGGUUGUUAGCUUUGACUCUGUUGUGUCGCUUGUUUUGCCAAAGAAUCAGUUCGCCUUAAUGUCAGAGCUGCUUUCACGCUCAGCCUCAUCUGUUUCAGUCUGAUGAAAGUCAAGCAGCCGCGGCAGCUGCAGUGAACCUCCAGGUGGAAGAACGACCUAAUACUUGGCAAGAACAAGGCAAAGUGUCCAUUCACGACUCUAUCGUUUGCUGCAACAUGCCACAUUUCUUGCUGCUGAAUGCAAAGUACUGCCAAUACUGUUCCAGGCCAUGUGGGAUGAAAGAUUUCCCUGUUUGACACUUGUGAUCAACAAACUCUCCCUGAUGUUAUAUGUGUGCAUCUCCCGGCCCUUCCAGUUCAGACAAAGCUUGCUGGUUAUAAUUGCAACUUCCAAAUUAACUGGGAUGGGAACAAAUAAACAUAAUAGUUCCUCCAUGAAGUGAACACAAGAACAAAAACAUAGAAGAGGAUUAGGUCCAAGUGUGAAAACAAAUACUUUUCCCACAGCACUUGCCCUCUUCCAUACAAAGCAGCACAGACCAUUUAAAUGGUUGCAUUAGCAGUAUGAUGGACCAAUGAAAAGCAAUGAGAUUGCAGUCUGUGAAUCUAUUUUAUUGGAACAGUAAAAUUCACCAUCCCUCUGUCUCCACCUUCAGGUCACUGUAGCUUCAGAUUUGUCUGUAAGCCUGUCUGCUGCUGGCUGUAAAAUAAUGUUGAAGUUGAGCGUUGAAUGUUAAGCUGAUGCAGCAGGCUGUCAGUGGUGUGUAUCGUCUUUCUUGUUGCCUCAUUGUGUAGCAGUGACUGGAAUAACAAACAUGUUGCUGCUUGUAGAAAGGCCUUCAUUCUGCAAAGAUACUUGAACUGGAGCUGACACCAGACCAGUUAUGAUUUUGGUGUCAACAGUCUGGUUCCAGCUCAGAGACCUAAGUGUUGCUAAAUCACUGCAGUGUUUCAUCCAGCCGUCAGUGUUAAUGUGGCUUUUUUUUUAAAUCACUCGUGUGAACACAGACGCAGGAAUGUGAUGUCUGUUUAUAUUUUAUCUGUGAUUCAGGUUGUUGAAAAUCAAAUGAAACAAAUCUGUUUUUGUGCCAAAUAUUCAUUUGCUUCGGCUUCUGCCCAGAGAUCUGAAGGCCAAUAAAUGUGAGUUGUGUUUUUUCUGAAUGAA